CCGGCAUCCGAACUAUCAACACCGUAGUGAUAAGCUCCGAGUGAAAUUAAGUGAAAUAAAAUAGCAAACGUAAUUUUUGGUUGCUGGUAUACGUUGAUACAGUGCUGAGACCUCUUGGAAGUGACUAAAAACAUACAGUGAAGUGCGAUUACUGGAAUCCAUCGCGGAUCUACAACCACAAUAUCAAUUAUUGGUUUAGAGGUUAGAAAACACGAAAACAACAAAUCGUUCACUCAAUGACACUUGUCGUGAAUGUCAAUUUAACUGAAAUAUUAAACAGUGUUGCUAAUUGAGAAAAAUAUUUAUACCAUAUUCUACUAUUCCGUCUCGUUACACGUAGAUAAUAAACCAUAAGAUGGAAGGUCAAUUUCAAAUAUUAUUUGAAAAAAUGAAAAUGGAGAUGCAAAGUCAAAAUGCUAAAUUGAAGGACUCUAUAACAAAUAGUAUUAUGGAAAAGAUGGAUGAGAAACUAAUCCCUAUUAUUGAAGAAAAUAAGAACUUGAAAACUAAGUUAGAAAAACUGGAAAAAGAAAUAGAUUAUCUUAAGAGGGCCGAGAAAAACAAUAAUAUUAUAGUAUUCGGCUUAGAAGAAAACGAAAAAUCCUCUUAUGAACUAGUACAAAAUCUCAAAGAAACCUUCAACCAAGAUCUGAAUAUUAAAAUGGAAGAAUACGAUAUCAACAAAGUUUAUCGCUUAGGAAAAAGAAAGAGAGAGAGCAACAAACCGAGACCGGUACUGUGUUCGUUUAUAAGCAACUGGAAAAAGACUGAAAUUAUCAAAAGUAAAAAGAACCUAAAAACUAUAUACAUUGCGGAGGACUACUCGAAGGAUGUGUUAGAAAAAAGAAAAGAGCUGCAAGCCAAGUUAACUGAAGAGAGACAAAAAGGCAAUAUAGCAUACCUGAAAUAUGAUAAAUUGAUUGUUAAAGAGAACAACUACAGCCAAGAGAAAAGGAAAAGGGAAAUAUCCGCUUCACCUUCUUCAGAUAAUAAUCAACCAAAAAAGCAACAAACCGUAAACACAAUGAAGACAAACAGGACAAAUGCUUUUGAUUUAAUGCGAUAUAGAUCCAGCUCCCUUUCGAACAUGCCUAAUACUAAUAAAAACCAAUAGCAACUAAAGAACGGCAAACGGAAACCAAAACCAACCAAAGAAACUGUCAAUAAAGAAACAAAAAAGGAACGAACUCCCCCAAGCCGACUGGUCCUCGAGGGGGAAAGCGACCACAACCCUCCAACAUCUAAAGACAACAAUCACCGAAAACCAGUAGUUUACAUAGCAUCCCUUAAUGUACUCACCUUGGGAAAAGAAGAAAAUCUUACGGAACUGACAUAUGCGCUAAAAUCUAUCAAAUGGGACAUAAUUGGUUUGAGCGAAGUGAGAAGAAUGGGCGAAAGUAUUACUUGUCAUCCAGACUAUUUACUGUACCAAAUAGGGGAGACGCAAGGCCAAUAUGGGGUAGGAUUUAUUAUUAAACAACAUUUAAAACAAUAUGUGGA